CUGACUGAGGCUAAAACUUUUUAUACUGACAUGUUAGAGCAAUGACUUUUGCGUAAUAGUAAACCUGGGACUACGAUCCCAGCGAGAAGACAGGGUCUGUGGGGAAAGAACAAUUACCAGACUAUUUGGAGUAGGCUAGGGAACGCAAGACGGCUAAUUCAGUAGGCUAAACUUUGAGCGAGCCAGCGAAGCUGAGUUAUCCAAACGAAACGGUGGAAGAGCAAGUUUAUCCUUUUAAAGAUGAGCUUGUUGUCUGCCAUUGACACCAGCGCCUCAGUGUAUCAGCCUGCUCAGCUUCUGAACUGGGUCUAUCUGUCUCUACAAGACACCCACCAGACCAGUGCAUUUGAUGCCUUCAGACCCGAACCCAACUCUUCCCAUCCGGACCCCUACAGCAAGCCUCCCGCUGCUGACCUGAGCUCGUCUCUAAAUUCCAACUAUCUCAACAACUUCUUUCAGCUACAGAGGAAUGAGGCCUUGAAUAGCAACUUAUACAAAAACGUCUCCCCCUAUGGAUCCCUCAACAACAUUGUGGACGGGCUGAACUCCUUGACGGACCACUUCUCUGACCUCUCGCUCUCCUCUGAGCCACGCAAGCCCAGCAAGAGACCCCCUCCCAACUACCUGUGCCACCUCUGCUUCAACAAGGGACACUACAUCAAAGACUGCCCCCAGGCGCGGCCCAAAGGUGAAGGUCUCACUCCGUACCAGGGGAAGAAGCGCUGCUUCGGAGAGUACAAGUGCCCCAAGUGCAAGAGGAAGUGGAUGAGCGGCAACUCGUGGGCCAACAUGGGACAAGAAUGUAUCAAGUGCCACAUCAACGUGUACCCUCACAAGCAGGUACAGCGCUGUGGCUGUUUGCAACUCCAUUCAAGUCGACCUCUGGAGAAACCUGAUGGCCUGGAUGUUUCGGACCAGAGCAAGGAGCAUCCCCAGCACCUGUGUGAGAAAUGUAAAGUCCUGGGCUACUACUGCCGCCGCGUGCAAUAACCCACCCAGCCGACCACCUGCCCGCCCCCCCCACCCACCAGUGAGACGUCCCCUGUCCUGCUCCUGCCCCCCCCCCCCCCUUCCCCUCAAAGUGCUCUUAGCAAAAGUGAAACGUGCCAAAACAUGCCUUUUUUUUUGCCAAUUCUGUCCAGUGCCACCACGGCCACAAAUAGCGUUUAUGUUCUCUGAAUUUGUGUGUAAUGAAUUAUUGAGGGUAUUUUUUCUUGAUAUCACUGACAGUAUUGCUUCCCACAAGGGACACAGUGGAUUACCUCACCACUGGGUCUGUUGAUUUGUAUCGUGUUUACAGAGAUCUGUGUUCAUUGUCCCUGCCAAGUGAACAAUGCAGGUGUGCUGGGGGAUACUAGCUUGUAUUAUUUGGUCAAAUCAGCGAGGCCCUAGCGGGGUCUUGCGAUGCUCUUUGGGUCUACAGCACAUCAUGUUAACUGUGAAUUAACAGAGGGAUAAUGGACUGUUCAUCCCUAGCUUCUUGUGUCGCAUAUUUAUUUUGUUAUCUUUAUGACAGUGCAAUUGAAUCAAUCUAACUGGGACAGUUAUACUGUUGUGUAGCCCCUUCCACUUGCUAUUAGAAACUACUGUAGAAUAGGAUUGUCUCGUUUCCCUUUAGCAGUCAGGUUCUUUACGAUGUACGGUUUAUAUAUUUAUGGAUGCUACAUACCUUAUACAUUUUACUUUUGAAAAGAUUGCAUUGCUCACUCGCUUUUACCCGCUUACUGAUGCGUAUGAAGAAUCUUAAUCAUGACAGAAGCUUCUGUGCAAUACCGUUAUGCAAUGAUUACAGUGGAGAUAGAACGGAAUCAAUUCCAUUCGAGUCCAAUGUUUACCGUGGAUAGCAAAAGUCUGUGUUCAAAAAUUGCCACAAUGCUCUUGCCUUGCUGAAACAUUAGGAGUAUAUAUUAUAUGACCAACUUUAUUUAAACCUCACAAAUAUGUAUAUAUGUUGUUGUUGGAGGAAGUCCUGUCUGAAAAUGUUUUUAAAGACUUGCAGCGGCAGGCGGAGGCAUCUAAGAGUGUUUAAAAACUGACGUCAUCUUAAGACAUCAAACAGAGCUUUGGAAAAAAUAUUAACUUCAUUAUCAACUUCACCAUUGGUCAGUGAUAUCACCAAAAGUCACUACACCUAUUUUAAGAGUGAGCAGAUGAGGGCUUGAGAGAAAUCCCCACACGUAUUCCCAGUUACCUAUGCAAUGUGCACAUGGUUGUGUACAUGGCUCUGUGCCUCAGCUGAGGGAAAUGUAGACAUAUUAAAAGAGAGGUCUGUUAAUAGCGCAGCUUAUAGGUCACUGGUGAGAUACUAGUGAAAUAAAUCCAUUCAUCACAUUGUAACUUUCAGAAUAGGGUUUUUUUACCACAGGGUGUGAUCAAGAGAAAUGCAUACAUCAUGCAUAUAUAUUUCAAAGCUAAGCAACACCAAGGUAGUAGCCUCUUAGUUUUCAUGGGAUAUAUGCCACACCAGGACUAACAGUGAUAGCAGCUUCAUCAUAGUUGUGGAUGUCAAGUGCCUUCAUUCUAAAGUUGUAGUAGCAGUCUUUCAGACAGAUGCGGAAAUUUUAUAAAAGUGUAAUCUUGUUUUAUUCAAUUGUGACGUUAUUUUUAAUAUUAGACAGCUGUUCUGAUAAAAGUUGUUGGUGUGUAGUUGAGUUAAGCGUAUCAAAAAGCCUGUGUGGAGAAAGACAUGUUAUGUUAAGGUGGGAAACUGUAAGGUCAAAAGAGAAGGACAUUGGCAAGAUAGCGAGGACUUCCAUUUAGAGAGGGAUGCGAAUGAGCGGAGGACAUUUUAAAGGUGGCAGACUGUAUGUUAUGGUGAAGCUAAUGAGAAGUGGAAAGGGUUCUGUUCCAGGAGGUAGACUAGUCUGGUGAAAUCAGACGCUAAUUCCUUCAUACUCCUUCAUGAGAAUCUUGGUAAAACUGAGCUGGAAGACAUAAGUGUAGGUGGAGCUAGAGGUAGACCACUGAAAAUGGCAAUGUUGAGCGUACUUACUUCUAAAAGUUUGUGAAAUUUUAUAACGUUUUAACUUGUAUAAAUAAGUCAUUGGAAAUCAUUUUGGUAAAAAGAGGGCUUUCUCUUUAAAUGGAUGUAUAUAUGAGUUGAGACACAUUUGAUUGGAAACAGAAUGUGUAUAAUAUUUUUUUUAAACCAGGAAUGCAUAGUUUGUCAAUGUCUCAUACAUUGAGGUAAAAUUCAGUUUAUAUCAAGCAGAAGAUUAUAUAUGAAGGGAAAUGUUCUGAGCAGUAUUUGGAUAGAUCUGAUGUCAGUUUGUUAGAAAUGUGUGAAAAAUGGUUGGUUAAGUCAUGUGUGAAGGAGGUUAAGAUGUGAAUUUCUAUGGGAUGAUAAUGUAAUGAUCCCAGUAGCACUGAAAGUGUAAACUAAUUCCCCUCCAAGUAGAGCAUAGUCUUCUUUGUGGCAAAUCGCACAGUAGUCUGCCAUCUGUGAAUUAGCUAAAGAAAAGUUAUCUGACGUUCUCUUAAGAAAUGAAGUAAAGUGUCUUUAAAAGGCUGAUGUCAGUAUAUCUGUUCCUGUUAUUAUCCUCUUAUGUGUACUUUGAGCUUUAGUAGUUUGCAAUGGGUGAAUUCCUCCCUCAUUCAAAAAAAGCUGAGAAGAUUGUGAUGUAUAAUAUGCCUUGUAGAAGGUCUGGAGGAGUGGUCCAUCUGUGGUAUGUUACAACUAUCAGGCCGAGGCAGGAUGGGGAAAUCCCAGUCAUGUAUUUUACAGGGCUUAGAUAACGGUCCAACUGAAUAUGACAUUUUGUAUUGCUAGUGCAGUCACUCUUGAAACCUCGCCAUUCUACUUAAAACGCAAGCAACUACUUUUACAUGUGUACAAGCAGACUUUUUUUCAGCCCUUCAAAGAUGUCAAAGCUGCAGUAUCAUAGAUGCAAGGUGGUCGUAGUAGCAGAGAGGCUAUAGAUGAGGCAACCAUCUUAGAUGAAAGGCCUGUGUGCCAGCGACUCAACAGUAUGCGUCACUAAACGAAUGGAAAACAAUGUUAAGAUUGUGUUAGUGUCAGUUUUAAUCAUUCAUUGUUCAGAGGCAACUUUGCGUGAAAUAAAUAAAUGAAUCUAAGACGAAAUACUGUGAGGCACCGAUUUGGUGUGUGAGAACAUCAAACAUGAAACUAACUGCGUUUUCUAGGCGGUGGCUUUUAGUAGAAGGGUGGCGUUUUAAGUGUAAGUUGUGCGUUGCAUAUAUGAGAAGGGCUGACAGACAACUUAACAAGCCUGCGAUUUAUGCCUUGAUGUCUUUAAUCAUUAGCAGAACUGAGUGUAGCUGUCUAAGGUUGCAGCCAAGACAGGCCUCUCUGCCUGCAGUUUUGGGAUCAAUCUUCAAUCUCCAUCAGUUUUUAGUACUGUCACAAGGAAGAGGUUCUGUCAGCAGUGCUGGAGGGCCUGUUGUGGACUACUUAUGAAAUCAGAGAUAGAGUAGAGGAGUUCACGUCACUUGUCUGAAUCUCAGUGUGCUUCAUUUGUGUUGUUUGUAUAGUCGAGUAUUUUCCUGUGAACCCAGCCAGGGUUGGCUGGUAAUGAGAGACGAGGACUGUGGCUUUAGCAUCUUGCUAUCCCUUAUCCCACCAUGUGUUUUAGGGAACUGAUAUGGAAACAUCUCACUGUGCAUCUAAAGGUUCUGGGCAAAAUAUAACAGGGUUAUCCUUUUUUGAUCAUUUUGUAAAACCAUGGACUCGUGUAGUGGUCUAGAUGUAAUUACUUUUUUUGGAAGAGGAUGUUCUACAUCAAAAAGGGUUCUCUGUCAGGGACGAGACAAACUUUGCUCAGAACCUCUUUUAAUUUUCGAGUGUAGAUCACAGAGGGGGUGGAUUUGAAGAGGUGAUGCUUAGGAGUUUGAUUUGAAAUCUCAAUGUAAUUAGAGAUACUAUAGAGUACUAUUGAAGUUAUGGAAAGAGUAACACAAUAUAGCACAUGCAAAAUACAAAUUAUAAAAGUGCUUUGCAGAUGUUUGUCUUGAAUUACAUACUUCAUACUUGACUUUUAUAGCUCAUUUACAAUACAGAAUUAUUUUCUAUGAAAGAUAUGUGUAUUUUGGAAACAUUUAUAGAUGUUAUAAAAUUCUACAGCAAAAUUGAAAACAAUACAAGAGAUUUUUCUCCCUGACAAAGAUAUUUACAAUGUUUAUUUUGUGUAUAUAUUCGAUGGCCAUCUUUUUCAAGCAUAUUAUGUGUACUGAAAUGUUAUGAUGCAAUAUUGAAGCUUUCUAUGUGAAAAAAGGGCCUGUUGCUGAGAUACAAACCAAGCUGGGAGUUCUCCUUUGAUGUUUUACAAUAAUCUGAGGGUUUAUCCUACAGAAAUAUUUAUGGAAGGAUUUUUUUUACAAUUCUGUUUUUGUAUAAAAUAUGCAACAAAGCUACACUAAGAAGAAAAUAUUGAUGUCUACAUAGAUUAUUAUUCAGUGGUUGGUACAUAGUUAUUAUGCCCUUUCUCUAUUAUAAGCCAUUUUGUUUUUGUUUUUGAUAGAGAUAUUAUCAGUAUUAAAUAAUCUAUCACAAUAUCCUUCAAUACAGUAUAACUGUCAGAUUUGGCUAGUAAUCUGAUACCGUACCUCUGGGGAGGAGAAUGACCAUUUCUUGAAAGAUUGAGCAAAUGUAAAAAAAAAUGUUCUAUUUUCCUUUUCUUCUUUAUCAGAGGCUUCAAAAGAAGCUUCAACAGACAGCUCAUAGGUAAAUGUUGCUGAUACUGACCCUUGCCAUUGUACAGUGCACCUACUAAAGCCGUUGAGUCUAGAGGAUUGAGCAUAUUUUAGCUGAUGUAGAAUGAAAGACAAAGACCUGUUGUAGAGUUUGCAUGUGCAUGUGUUAUGUUAACUGAAUGAGGAAAAUCACUAUGUGCAAUGUAUACACUAUUUAAUAUCAGUUUGUCCAAGUAACUGGCAAACUUGUUUUGUAGAGUACACCUUACUAAUAACUGAUUGUUACUAGUCAACAACUGCAUUAUUCACUAUAGCAGUAUACCAGUUUUUACAUAUUUACUGAAUGUACUGUGUUGAGUUCAGUUAGAAACUCAUGUUUAUGUCCAUGAUGUCUGUAACAUAUUUGAGAUCAUUGUAAUGCUCUAAUUGGAUUGGACAGAACUCAGAGGAUGGUUGGGAAAACAAGGUCUGACUGGAAAAUCGAAAAGAAAAGACUGUAAAAACUCUGUUGUUUCUUGUCCAUGAAACGGCAUUCCGACAUGUGCCUUAUUGGUUUGUUAGGAAAAAUAAAAAAAGUUGUUAGUGCUAAAGUUGCUUUUAGUAAUUUGUUGAAUUAAAACACAGAAUACAA